GUGCAAGAUAAAAUCAACAUAGCUCUGGCAAUUUCAAAAGUGCGGGGUUAACUUGUAGAUGAUAUAUUUUAUAUCCCUUACGCGGAACGAUUUUAUUUUUCGCUUCGCUUUUCACUGAUCCUGAUGUGUACACAGAAAAAGUCUUGAAAAUAAAAUAGAACCAACGACACCUUUGCUUUGUUGAAAAUGUAGAUCAAGACUCAGCGUCAUCAAUGUGUGGUACGCGGCUUACGAGUUGUGCUAUGUAGUAUGGAAUCGCCGGAAGAACGCCAAGAAAAUGAAAUACAAGCAUUAAAGGCUAUAUUUGUAGAAGAGCUUAAAGAUUUACGUCAUAAUGAUGCCUGGAAUAUUUGGCGCCCAUUGGACGUAAUAAUAACAUUGACUCCUCAGCAAGGAAGUUCUGGUCACCAUGAAGUUCAUGCUCAAGUUGAUCUCCAUGUUAUUUGUUCGGAAAAUUAUCCUGAAGAUGUUCCUACACUUAUUCUGGAAAGAAGUAAAGGCUUAUCUGCUGCGGUGCUCCAUCAAUUGAAGACAGAACUGGAAAAUUUAGCCCAGAAAUUAAAAGGAGAAGUGAUGGUGUUCGAGUUGGCACAACAUGUCCAGAAAUUUUUGCAUUUACAUAAUAAACCAGCCUUUAAAUCGUUUUAUGAAGAAAUGGUAACUCGUCAGCAUGAACAGAGACAAAAUCAGCAGCUUGCACUAAAAAUGAAAGAAGAUCGCCAGAGACAAGAGCUUCAAGGGGAGAUAAUGCGAAGGCAGGAGGCUCUCCGAGAGGAACUGCGCCGUCAUCGACUACAGUCUCGCACUGUCAGUGCUGAAGGCACAAAAGAUGUGAAAUCUCCACCUGCUGUUCAAGGCACAGCAGUAGAACGAAUUAGAUCAUCUUCAUUUGGACGUAAUAGCUCUCUGUCUCGUAAGAGGUGUAGCAGUACUUCAGAGAGCAGUGAUGGCUGCAUCUGUGAACAUCGGGGUUCAGUACUGAUGCAAUUCAAUAACCGUGGUGAGCGACAAGUACGCCGUGGUCGCUGCCUGGGUCAUGGAACAAGAGGAUGUGUGGUAUAUUCGGGAAUGGACAUGACUACAGGGGAACUACUGAUAAUCACUGAGUGGUGCCUGCGCUGCCAUCAGAACAAACAUACAAGACAUGCUUCACCAAGCGAUGAUUCAGAGCCAAGCGAAAUGACCAACUACAUGAAGCAGGUUUCAAGCAUAGAACAGGAGCUAAAUUACCUCCACAAAUUGAGGCACCCCAAUUUAAUUCACUAUCUCAACAUGAAGUAUUCUCAGGAGAAAGACUGCCUCAUUAUUUAUGUGUUACAGGAGUUUGUGUAUGGGUGGAACUUAUCAUUAUACCUAACUGAGAAUCUUCCAGUUGAAGGUGACUUGUUGAGGCAUUUGUCGAAAGGUGUACUUGAAGCUCUUGCCUUUUUGCAUCAGAACAAUGUUGUUCACAAAGACCUCAGAGACACAAGUGUAUUCAUUGACAGGACAGGUUUGGUGCGUGUUGGUGACUAUAGUCUGGAUAAACGAUUAUCAGAAAUCUAUCAAUCUUCAGUAACUGAAAGAACUGAAAAUACCUUUCCCCCAUCAUUGGGACGUGGUGGCAAAAAAUCGGAUAUCUAUCGAUUUGGAAUUCUUAUUUUGUCACUACUUCGUGGGUGUAUAGUGACAGAUAUGCUGCCAGAAAUACCUACGUGUACUCCAUCAGAUUUAAGAGACUUUCUAGAGAAAUGUUUUGCAAAGGAUGAACAUAUGCGUUGGAGUGCAGCACAGCUUCUGGAACACCAGUUUGUACGGAUUCCCAUUGAACGUCUUCCCAGCCCUUGUAAAAGUGCCGAUGACGCACAGCAACCUGAGGAUGAAACGUGUGAAGAGGAACCUGAUAUUGAUAUUCACAUGAUAUUGCCAACCAAUCUCAAGGGGCAGUCCAGAAUCCAAAAUGAGUUUGAAGUGCUCAAGUGGCUGGGGAAAGGAGCAUUUGGUGAUGUACUGAAGGUUCGGAACAAAUUGGAUGGUGGUGUGUAUGCUAUCAAACGUAUUGAAUUGAAUCCCAAAAAUCGUCAGUUAAACCGUAAAAUCACUCGAGAAGUGAAGCUGCUGUCCAGAUUGAACCAUGAAAAUGUUGUGCGCUACUUUAAUUCCUGGAUUGAAAGUGCAACUAUUGAACAGCCACCAACAACAGUUAGCAGUCGGACACCUUCGCCUGCUGGAACCCAAUCAAGUCAGAGUAAAAUGAAGACCUUAUUGAUUCCUGACUUUGAACCACCACCUCUGAAAGAACUCAGUGUGGAGUGGAGCGUAUCAUAUGAAAGUCAUGCGAGUGGAAUCCUUGAUGGAAAUGUCAGUUCUGAAGAAAGCUCAGAAGAUGAAGAAUGGAUCAGUUUUUUACCAGAUUGCGACUCAUCUGAUGGAGUGGAAUUUGAAAGAGACACAUCUGUUGUUGAGCAGCAGUAUUCAUCUACAGCACCUUCUACAGAUCGCGAGGAAUCUGCCCCUGAGGAUCCCCUCCAACCAGAACUUCGAGAGAUACAGUUCAUGUACAUACAGAUGGAGUUCUGUGAAAAAAGCACUCUCAGGACUGCCAUAGACAGUGGAUUAUAUGAAGAUCAAGAUCGAAUUUGGAGACUUUUUCGAGAGAUGGUUGAUGGCUUGGCACACAUCCACCAGCAGGGUAUGAUUCAUAGAGACCUCAAGCCUGUAAAUAUUUUUCUUGACUGCAAUGACCAUGUCAAGAUUGGUGACUUCGGGCUUGCUACAACCAACAUCUUGACAAGACCUGGAGCACUUGCACAUCUGGAGCCCAACAACAUAGUAUCUGACCAAAUGUCAUUUUCAAAUGAUAUUGGAGAUGGAUCAAUGACUGGUCAGGUUGGCACCGCACUAUACGUUUCCCCAGAAUUAGGGAGUGCAGGUGGCAAAGUAGUUUACAAUCAGAAGGUGGACAUCUAUAGCUUGGGCAUAAUUCUUUUCGAAAUGUGUUAUCAUCCACUGAAAACAGGGAUGGAGAGAGUGAAAGUGUUGGUAAAUUUGCGCAGCAAAGAUAUAAUUCUUCCAUCUGAUUUCAAUGAAGAAAAAAUGCCCAGACAGACAUAUAUAAUACGGUGGUUGCUCAACCAUGAUCCUAGUCUUCGACCUACUUCCUUGGAAUUACUGCAGUCAGACUUCUUACCACCACCACAACUUGAAGAGGCAGAAUUGCAAGAAAUGGUGCGUCACACAUUAUCAAACCCACAGAGCAAGGCUUAUAAGUAUCUAGUGGCGUCAUGCUUCUCACAGGAAGUGACACCAGCUGAAGACCUCACUUAUGACAUGAAUUUACCGAAGCCAUCUCCUGCACUCCAAGAGUUUGCCAAGGAGACAGUGACUCGUGUAUUUCGUCGCCAUGGAGCUGUCUGUGUACCAACUCCUCUUCUAAUGCCACGUGAUAACUCUUUGCUUCCAGCAGACACAGGUGUACAGCUUAUGACACAUUCAGGAGGUGUUGUGUCUUUGCCUCACAAUCUCAGAGUUCCGUUUGCUCGUUAUGUUGCAUGGAAUGGAAUAUCAACCCUCAAGCGAUAUGCUAUUGACAGAGUAUAUCGAGAGAAGAAAGUUUUUGGCUUUCAUCCUAGAGAGCUAUACGAAUGUGCAGUGGAUAUUGUUACACCAAACCCAGGUACCAACACAGCCGAGGCUGAAUUGCUUGCAAUUGUAUGGGAGGUGGUGACAGAGUUCCCCAAUUUACGGGAUAAGAAUUGCUCAUUUCGUCUCAGUCAUACACUACUUCUGAAAGCAAUUCUUUUACAUUGUGGAAUUGAAGAAGAAAAGCAUGCAGAUGUUAGCAGUAUCUUGAGUGAAGCCAAGGAUGAGAAGUAUUCCAGAUUUCAGCUGCAGACUCGACUGAUCAGCCUGUGCCUUACCGACCAAGCUAUUGAUUCAUUGUUUGCAUUCAUUGAAUCAGAAUGCUCUAUCGAAAAACUGGCAGUGAAUUUCCGUAGCAUUACCCGAAGGAAAGGCGAAGCUGCUAUCCUUGCAAAGCAAGCCAUUAGAGAACUUGAGAUGAUUGUUAGCCACACUGAAGCUCUUGGUGUAAAGUGUCCAAUUGUGGUAGCACCAGGCCUUGUUUUUACUGUGCCCCAGUACUCGGGAAUGACAUGUCAAUUUGUUUGUGAACUCAAGAAAAAACGUAGGAAAACUGGACUUGAUGUUAUUGCAGCUGGUGGGCGGUAUGAUGGCAUGCUUGCCAAGUUCAGGCACACACUUGAGCUGACAGGAUUGGCAACACGCGGAAUGACUCAAUCAGCUGCUGGUGUAAGCAUCUCACUGGAUAAAAUAGUGUUAGCCUUGCAAGAGGCUCGAGCUGUCCUGUCUGGAGCAGCUAGUACAGUAGAUGUAGUUGUUUGCUCCCUAGGACAACGCUUCCUCUUCAAGCAGAAAGCUAGUAUUGCCAAAGAACUCUGGGCUCAUGGUGUGCAAACAUUGCUUCUUGAUAGCAUGCAGACCCUGGAAGAGGUUCAAGAUUACUGCCGAGAGAUGUCUGUGCCCCACUUUAUAAUGCUAAAAGACUGUGAAGUGGAAUCAGUCAGAGUCCGAAGCUGGGAAAAAGACAGGUUCCAGGAACGUAAAGUGCAAUUAAAUGAAUUGGUAGACCUGAUGCUAAGGUUAACUGGUAAGGAACCUAGCACACCAAAUUCACGAGUUGAAGCGAAAAAUGAAUUUUUUACUCAAACAAAUCCAGGACCUCCAAGCAGUGGCCCUCUAGUUAAUUGCAAUUUUAACCUCACACUUGAUAAGUUAAAUGUCAGUCAACGGCGACGCCAUGAAGGGCUGAUGAAAGCAGCUCUGUCUCCUUUAUUAGCUCGUUUGUCACCUAAAGUUCGUGUAGAGGUCUUGGCACUUAAUCUCGAUGCCAGUGUUAUUAGGACCUUGUCAGCAUAUGUGGAUGCUGAAUUUGACUUCCAGCAGUCAGUUACAGCAGUAAUUGAAAAGCAUCCUCGUCAUAAGAAGUACAUCAUAAGGAUCUGUGAAGAAAUAAUGGACUUGAGGAGUGGAAAGAAUAGUCCAAUCAUUGUUUUAUACAGUGUCGAAGAAAAUGUCAUUAGAAUGUUGAUAUAAGGUGAAAUAUGUUAUGAAAUGAAACUGCCAGCGAUGGUAAAAAAGUAAAUAUUUUGCUAAAUUAAUUUUCGUUACGUGGCAUUUUAGUUAUUGUGUUCACAGUUAACAUAUAUGUUAAAUGUUAGUGUUCAUGAAUGUUAUUUUUGCCUUCACAAAUUGAAAAGCUUCUGUUUGAGAGGAUACGAGACAAAAGCAAUUGUUUUGAGUUAAAAAGGUCUGUAAUGACCUUGCUGUACAAAGCUGGUGUUAAACUCUUGUCACUGUUUUGUGAUACAGGAUAUACAUGAACAGCCACCAAUCAUUGUUUUUCAGUUCUUCCUGUAUAUCCUGUACAACCUUUCAUAGUCUACUUAUUAUUUCUGUUUAAAAAUGUGAGCUACUUUUUGUUAUAAUUACUUUAGAAUUUUACACUGCCUUACUUAAUUAUUGUGUAAUAGUAUACUGAAUGCUUGCACAAUGUGAACUAUAGAAAAUUCAACAAAGCUAUGUUAGUUGAAUAGUUUGAUCAUAAUCAAUUUGCUCUCACUUCUUAUUUGAUAAGUAAGUUUGUGUUGUAUAAAAGCAGACGAUUAAGUGACAAAUGUUUGUGUGUGCAUUCUUCCAAGGCAAUGUUGAAGUACUGUUUUGCCCCCCUUUUGCAGUAAACUUUUAAUUAUUGAUGGAAGUAGAAUAGAUUAAUAUAAGACUGGCCAAAGCCAGUGAUUCUUCAGAAAGAACAUCAGGAAUUUUAUUGCAAAAGUGCACUAGUUUACUCCUUUUCAUAAGUAAAUGUUGUAUGGAAGCAGAACAGGUUAAUAUACGACUGAGGAAAGCCAGUGGUUAUUCAGAAAGAAUAUCAGGAAUUUUAUUGCAAAAGUCCACUAGUUUACUCCUUUUCAUAAGCGAAUGUUUUGUAAUUUCAUUAUAGUCCCAUUGGUCCUUCCCCUUUUCCCAAAAACAGUCUUGUUGUAUUUAAUUAGGCCUAUUUUGUCCUGUUGUUGAAUCAAGAUCUCUUGCUUUCAGUAUACAAUGGUAACAAUUUUCUAUCUCUGUUUCAUAUUUGGCAGUUAAGUUUUUUGUAUAUGUAGUGAUCUGAUGUCCUUUGAUAAUGGCUAUUAUACUGUUAUUUUCUCUGAUGAAGGCUAUUUGAAGAUUUUUCACGUGCUUCAUUAAAAAAAAUUGGGGGGGGGGGGGGG